GUUGUGGGAAAGAAGAGUGGAGGAGGGUGCAAAACGAAAAAAACUGAAACAAAAUGCUCUAUAACUACCACACGAAAAAGCGAAGUAGCGAUCUACGUUAUCCCAAAAAGGGAACAAUAGUUGUUUCUCUCCGUACGAGUUUCUAACUGAGUCAAAGUGCAGGUGGUCUCGAACAGUACACAAAUCCAUGUGGUCCAAAAGUGUAACAAAAUUUCUUCCACCGGCAAAUUACGUAAAUCAGUGGGAUGAGACCGAAAAUUAGUUUAGUGUGCUCAAUCGUUGAGAUCUCAAAACCGAAAAAUUAAGAACAUGUUAAGAAAGCCAGUGCUGUCCCUGAAUUUUCAGUGUGCGACCAAAAAGAAAAAAAAAUGCAAGAAAACCUCGGUAGCAAAGUAACCUCAAAUUACCGAGUGCGAUAAAAUUAAAAAAAAUCUCUCUCCAUCUUUCACGAGUGAAAGAAUCUGUGAUUUGGUGACAUCGCCUUCGCAUACGGAUACUAAAUCGUCGCGACGAUCUUGAUGAAGUUUCUCAAUCUGUUCGGUGGCAAUUUCUCCGGAGGCGGUUGGGUGCCGUUGUGGGUGGUGAAGUCACACAACCGGCAUUCUACUCGUAUGCCGUUCUAGUGUUGUAUUUAUGUGUUCAAUUGAAUGUAGCAGCUGAUUGUGUGUUCAAAAUUAGUUUUAAUGGCACUAGCGUUGGCAAACUACGCUUCUUCCCCUCCGAUUGGGAGGCUAACGGGAAACCAGCACCGGGUACUGGCUUAAAUAGGAAGGAUAGCAGAGGACAACAGCAGCGAAGCGUGAGAUCGCACGUCUCCGGAAGAUGGAGGGCAAAGUGCUGUUCGAGAGCAAACAUUGCAUCUCGCUAAAAUGUGUUCUAUUUCUAUUCUAUGGAGGGUUGGGAUGCAUCUACCCCUUUCUGCAGUCAAAUAUGGCUCAUAAGGGGUUCGAUUAUAAUGAAAUCUAUUCGAUUUCGAUAAUUAUUCCGAUCGCGGCCCUUUUUGGGCCUCUUCUAUUCGCACUUUUGGUGGAUAAAUGGGCUACCUCGAGCGCAUUUGCGUACGGAAAGCGAGUUCGAAUCCUGACUGCACUCAGUUUGCUAGCUUCGAUUGUUCUGUACGCGAUAUUAAUGUUCGGCGUGGAGCGGAAUUCACCACCGCCCUUGUGCCAGCCGCAGGUGAGCUUCAUGUGCAACAAGAAGGGCGCCUAUCUACUGCAGGAGAAGUGCACGGCCGAAGGCGUGUGCCAUGAUUGGGAUCAUAAUAAGGCUGGCCUUUUAAACUUGGAGCACUGUAGCUACAGUUGUCAACAAGAGGCCCACUUCGAGUCCAACUGCUACCAGCGACAGGAACAUGACUUACGGUUGGCCGCUCUCCGUGACAGUGACGAGGAUGAUGGCGAUGAUUCAGAUGAUGUAGCUGAUGAAUCGGAAGCUAUACGAACGGAUGACGGUAGUGGCGGAGGAAACACUGCCUCCAGCAACGAUCUUGACGGGGACGGUAUUCCCAAUGAUCAGGACCCAGAUGACGACAAUGAUGGCAUUCUAGACUCGCAGGAUGACGACGAUGAUAAUGAUGGCAUACCUGAUGCCCAGGACAUGGAUGAUGAUAACGAUGGCAUUCCGGACAGUGUGGAUGCUGAUUCUAAAAUGACAGCAAACGAUCUAGAUGGAGAUGGAAUUCCAAAUGAUCAGGAUCCGGACGACGACAAUGAUGGCAUCCCGGACGUGCUGGACGAUGAUGACGACAAUGACGGUGUACCAGACGCUCAAGAUGAUGAUGACGACAAUGAUGGUAUUCCGGAUGCAGCCGAUUCCGAUGCACAAUCUAAGGGCAAUGAUUUAGAUGGGGAUGGAAUUCCGAAUGAUCAGGAUGACGAUGAUGAUAAUGACGGUAUUCCGGAUAUUCAGGACACUGAUGAUGACAAUGAUGGAGUGCCCGACGUCUUGGACAGUGAUGAUGACAACGACGGUAUACCGGAUAUCAAAGAUAAGGACGCUGUCUACAAGCCGAAUGAUUUGGACGGUGACGGUAUUCCAAACGAAGAAGAUGACGAUGAUGACAAUGAUGGAAUUCCAGAUACGGAAGAUGAUGAUGACGAUAAUGAUGGGAUUCCUGACACCGAGGACGUUGAUGAUGACAAUGAUGGCAUUCCGGAUGUACUUGAAGGAAAACCUUUAAGCGAUGAUCUGGACGGAGACGGUAUUCCGAACGAUGCUGAUGAUGACGACGACAACGAUGGAAUACCUGAUGCCGAAGAUACGGAUGACGACAAUGAUGGUAUUCCAGAUGCCAUUGACUUAGACGACGACAAUGAUGGGGUUCUUGAUGUGCUGGAUGAGGGCUCACGUAACGCGAAUGAUUUAGAUGGAGAUGGCAUUCCCAAUGAAAUGGAUGACGACGAUGACAAUGAUGGUAUUCCGGACUCGACGGACAAUGACGACGACAAUGAUGGAAUUCCCGAUAGCAUUGACCCCGAUGAUGAUAAUGAUGGAAUUUCAGAUACUAAAGAGAACAAAGAGAGUGAGUUUUUAGCACCUAAAAUAUGCCACGAUCCUGCUGCGGAUAGUUCAGAUGAGGUAGACGAUGAUGAUGAUGAUGACGAAAAAUGCUACUCAGCUAACGGAGAGGUUAUCCAAGUUAAGGCGUCCAUUGAUGAACACAGUGAACGUGACGAUGGUGAAGAGUGCAUUUAUCCCCUGGAUGGAUUCAAAUGUCAUAUAGAUAAAGCUUGGAUAAAAACCCAGGAACAGGGCUGUAAAUCGGUAAUCGAGUGCUCGUUACAAAAGCCUUACGAAUCAAACACUAGUUUAUUGUACGAAACAAACUGUGAUGGGGAUGAAGACAACGACGGCGAUGACGACAUGGGAGAUUCUACGUACUACUUCUAUCUAUCCAUACGCUCUCUAUUGGAUUUCUUUCUACUUGCAGCGCUCACAUUGUUCAACACGAUCAUUGUGAUCGUAACUCGAGAUCCAUCGACAGGCGUGGCCGAUUUCGGUCGCCAACUAGUAUGGGGUGCUAUUGGAUGGAUUGUUUUCUUUAACGAUGACUACGAGCAACCGUAUUUCCUGUUCAUACUUCUAAACACGACCGCGGCCAUUAUUCUGCUUAGUCCACUCAAAAUGGACCUUUCUCCACCGGAACAUUGGUGGAGGUUCAAAACUACACCGCAAAAGUGUUUCUCAGCAGCAGCGUUCGUUAAAUACGCUAAGAAGUGUUGGCUACCAUUUUUAAUUACCCUUGGCUUAGGAUCACUUUGGAGUAUCAUCGAUUCUAUCGAUGAGACACACAUGAUCGACAUCCCGACCGAGAGCGAUACUAGUGAACCAAGGAGAGCUGCUGGAUUAAAAAAUGUGUGGAAGACCUUCCUGCUUGCUGGUGAUUUACUAGCUGUUCCUGCACUUGUGUUCUCGAAACGAAUCAUUGAAGUUUUUGGAGUUUGCAAAAUCUUUGUUGCGGCUUUCCUUUCUUUAGUUCUACGAUACAUUUUGUUGGCAAUUUUCGACUGGCAAUUCUGGGACAUCAUCGAAGAUCUUCUACUACCAACUACACUUGGUCUAACCUGGGUAACAAUUGUGAUGCAUUUCCGUGAUAUCCUGCCGCGCAAGAUAACCGCUAUCGCUCAAGCGCUGCCAGUUAUUGCACAUUUCGGUUUCGGUCGUUUCUUCGGAGCUUUAAUUGGCAUUGAAAAUGAUUACGAUCACUUGGAGAAUGACUAUGAAAUUAUUGCAGGGGUACUGUUUGCUAUCACUAUCGUAAGCAUCGUGAUGUAUCGCUAUCGCGAGUUAAUACUCCACUAUCUCGGGCAGUACAUUCCGUCGCUAAAACCGAGCGAGACCGAGAAAGUUACUACGAACGGAAAAGGUGAAACGGACGUAUGAAUUAAGAACAUCAGAUGGCUAAGCCAAGGUGUAGUCCAACGCUAAUGCAUAAUUCAUCAUCGGAACGGAGAGGCUGACAAACCGAAAUUGAUGCAGUUGCAAAAUGGUUGUUAUAGAAAUUAUAUUUUUUUAGGAUAAAACUUUUGUGUAAAUUGAAGACAGUUUUCAUCUUUAAUAAAGACUUGUUGAUUGGCAUUGAAUACAAUAAGUUAAAACUAAUUCAACUACUAAGCUAUGAUUCUAGAGAACGUUUUCUAAUAGGUGAUCAUUCUAUUUAGAGUAAAUCCCCAUUCGUUGAAAUAAAAUAUUUUUAUUUUUCAUCUAA